AUGGUGUCCACCCUUUACGCCAGGAAACGCACCCGCCAGCUCUCUCCUAUGUCACCUCCGAUGGUCCCUUCGAAUCCACAGAGCGUCAAGUCGAGCCUUAUCCCACCCCUACCCAUGACUCCCCCAGACCCGGGCGUCGAUUCGGCGUCUUCGUCAACACCCCAUCCCUCGCCCGUCGAUACGGCAAUCCAUGUCAUUGCCACGGAACGGGCCGCCCUGGAAAACCUUGAGCGAGUCUAUACCACCAACGAGCUGGCGCGGAACAACAUGGAACGGGCUGUGGAACAGAUUGCCAAUACUAUCAAUGCGGGAUCCAAGCUGAUUGUAUGCGGAGUGGGGAAAAGUGGUAAGAUCGGAGAAAAGGUUGUAGCUACAAUGAACAGUCUAGGGAUAUACUGCUCGUUCCUGCAUCCAACAGAAGCACUACAUGGGGACCUUGGUAUGGUGAGACCGACGGACACCAUCCUUUUCAUCACGUAUUCCGGCAAAACAUCUGAGCUACUACUCGUUCUUCCACAUCUUCCGUCGACAACUUCUGUUAUUGUGAUAACAGCACACAAACAGCCAUCAUUGUGUCCGCUACUAGCUGGUUCUAGCAAUGCAAACACGAUUCUACUUCCCUCGCCCAUUCACGAACCAGAGGAAGUCUCGUUCGGUGUUUGUGCCCCUACGAGCUCCACCACUGUAGCUUUGGCUGUUGGUGAUGCUUUGGCUCUUGCAGUGGCUCGACGGCUUCAUACCACACCCGGAAGAGGGCCGGCUGAGAUUUUCAAGGGUUAUCAUCCUGGUGGUGCUAUUGGAGCUGCUGCUGCUGCCGCCGCUACUAUUUCGACAUCGACAUCUGGCAGCACAACUCCUCUGACUUCUACAUCGACUACCCCCUCACGGUCGAUGUCCGUCAACGGUCUUCAAGACGAAUGCGAACCAGGGUUAUCAUCUACUGAAACAUUUUCCUCACGCCCAAUAACAGACUUCAUGACCCCUGCGGAGUUGAUACCCACGGCGUUACCGAAAAAUGGCUGGCCACUGCGCAUUGUUGAUGUGAUGCGUGCCUCCCUUAGAGGCUCAACGUCAAAACCUUGGGCUUUCAUACACCCUGACUAUAUAAUUUCACCACGAAAGUUGCGUAGUAUGGUUGCAUGCAAUGACCCAGACGAUAGUAUCGAAGAUGUUGACCAUGACAUGUCGAUUGGACAUACGAGUCAACAAUGGGUACGGGUAUCCAGCACCAGCACGGUUGGCAAUAUUCGACGAAUCCUUGACCAAGAGAAACAAACCAGCAUAGCCAGCUCGCUAACUACAGCCACGAAGCGAGACUCGGAAGGAAACACAGUACAGCGCAGACGGCGUAUCAUCACCGUUGUCGAUGAGACAACCGACAUGGUCGUUGGUUUCGUUGAAGAAGACGACAUAGAGCACGACGAGGACAUGUUUAAAUGA